AUGUCACAGUCGGCAUCAGACGCGUCUUGGCCCGCGGCCAUUCCCGAGAUCCACCUUCAUCCGACGGAUUUAUCCCGAGAUGAGCUGCCGAAAGAAGCGAAAGGAUGGCUGCUAUUCGUAAAGGAACAAUUCCAGCCAGUCUCAACCCCAGAUAAUGGGCUACGUCAACGGCGAGCCCUAAUUGAGAAAUGGGCUACCGCCAGUCAGGAAUUCCGCGAGUCUUACCAUAGCCGUGCCCCAGCAUGCACUUCAGCUCUCGACUACCCGGCUUCAUUGCUGUCGCAGCAAGCCCCAAGACCCAACAAGAGGUUCCUUUGUCUGCCACCUGUAGACUCGCAGACUCACCCUCGGAACUACAUUCAUCUUGUGAAGCUCCUGAUUAUGCUGUAUAUCCAUCAAGAUGAAUGGAAUGGGCUGCAUCCUUUCGACGGAGCGGGGGCGGGCAACGCACCGCGCUGCCAUAUCCCAGAGUUUCUUAACCUCGCGACGCCCAUCGCGCUCAGUGAUAUCCUCUCCGAGCUGUACCUUGCCUCGGCGGAUUUCCACGCUCUCUCGAUGACCCGGAGUGGCACGGUAGUGUUCGCCGAUGGGCCGGACUACACGUGGUACCUGAUUGAGGGGCCAGGGCUUGCCACGGGGCGAAUGACCGUGGCUGAGUUUGGCUCUAACGGCAGUGUCCGCGAUUCUCUUGUUCGUCGAGCCUGGAAUAUGGGUCCGAUAAUGUCCUUUGGUCAGGAUUUGGGCCGGCGGGUCGUGGAUUUAGCAGAGUCAGCGAUUGGGGGUCCGCCGCAGUAUAACGAGCCUUUGGAUAUGGAUCUUCCCAUUAUUGAACUCUUGGAGUCAACAAGAAAGAGCAGCAGGUUCCUCUAUGAGGGAUACGGCUAUAUGGACCUCUGGGUGCGCAUUAUCGAGCAAAAUGCGCCUGGGUAUCUGGACCUUGAGGCUCAGGGGCGGGUGUUGGAAUUCAAGCUUGAUAAUCUGCGUAAUGUUAGGUAG